AUGAAAAAGUUUCGGGAAAUUAAGAAUUUUGAAAAUGCAGAGAAACUGUUUGAUGAAAUGCUUCAAAGAGGGGUGAAGCCUAAUGUUGUUACGUUUUCGACGAUGAUUACUUGUGCUGAGCUGUGUUCGAUGCAUCAUAAGGCUGUGGAGUGGUUUGAGAUGAUGGGCUCGUUUGAAUGUAAACCGAGUGAUGAUCUGUCAGCCACUAUAAUUGGUUCUUAUGCAUGCGUUGGUGAUGUUGAUACAGCUUUGAGAUUGUAUGAUUGUUCGAAGAAGGAGAAAUGGGACCAUGAUAAGAGGGUGUUCACGGCGUUGAUUAAGAUGUAUGGGAAUUUGGGGAAUUAUGAUGGAUGCGAGAGUAUUUACAAUGAUAUGAAGGUUCUUGGUGUUAAGGUAAACUACACAACAUACACUAGUAUGUUGUAUGCCAUGGAAAAUGCUAAGAGGGCAUGGAAAGCUAAGGCUAUAUAUGAGGAGAUGUUAACCAAUGGAUUUUCACCAGACGGUUCAACCUACAGAGUUGUUUUGAAGGCGUAUUGUACAGGAAGGUAUAAAGAUGAUGCUUUGAGUGUGUAUAAGGAAAUGAAAGAAAAGGGAAUCAAUAUCGGUAGAAUUCUGUAUAAUAUGCUUCUUAAAAUGUGCGCUGAUGUUGGUUAUGUAGAUGAAGCUGUUGAAAUAUUUAAAGAUAUGAAACAUUCUGAAACUUGCCAUCCAAACAGUUUUACAUACUCAUCAAUGGUUAACAUGUACUCCUGCACCGGAAACUUUUCUGAGGCAGAAGACAUGUUGAAUGAAAUGAUUGGUGGUGGAUUUGAGCCUAAUAUUUCCAUUCUGACAUCUCUCAUUGGUUGCUAUGGAAAUGCCAAACGAACUGAUGAUGUUGUGAGGAUAUUUGAUAAACUUUUGGAUUUAGGUAUUAGUUCUGAUGAUCGCUUGUGCGGCCGUCUUCUGCAUGUAAUGACACGAAUACCAAAACAAGAACUUGGUAAAAUAACAGAUUGCAUUGAGAAGGCUAAUCCAAAGCUUGGUUUUGUGGUUAGAAAUUUGAUGGAAGAGAGGGAGGGUGCAGAUUUUAGGAAGGAGGCAUUAGAACUUUUUAAUUCAAUUGAUGACUACGUUAUAAAGAAGUCUUUGUGCAACAACCUCAUUGAUCUUUGUGUCAGUAUGGAAGUUCAGGAUAGAGCUCACGACCUUUUUGACUUGGGACUUAGUCUUGAGAUAUAUACAGAUAUACAAAACAGAUCUCAAACUAAGUGGUCUUUGCAUUUAAAGAGUCUCUCAACUGGAGCUGCUCUAACAGCCUUACUUGUUUGGAUAAAUGAUUUGUCUAAGGCUUUGGAAUCAGGGAAGGAGCUUUCCACCAGUACUUGGAAUUUAUACCGGGACUCAAAAAAACAAGUCGGCACCUAG